GGACUGAAUUAAAAAAUUCCGAAAUGUACGAUUUUUCCGACGAUCUUAGCGGAGAGGAAGACGAUUUCGAUCGAAAUCAGGAAAUUGCCCGGAGUGCGUUUGCCGACAUGUGUCACGAUUGGGAGCGCAAUCAAAAGUACGAUCGGGCCCUUCAGUUAACUAUAGAAAGGCUGCAUGCCGCCGGAAAGGAAGCUCACGUUCUGGACAUAGGAACUGGUAGUGGUCUGCUGUCGAUGAUGGCCGUUCGUGCUGGUGCGGAUAGUGUGACGGCUUGCGAAGCAUUCCGACCGAUGGCAGACUGUGCGGAACGCGUUAUUGCUGCCAAUGGAAUGGGAGAUCGGAUUCGGUUGGUAAAGAAGAAAUCUACGGAUGUAGUUAUCGGUGCUGGCGAAGAUAUGGAACGCAAAGCGAAUGUGCUGGUUACGGAACUGUUCGACACCGAGCUGAUAGGAGAAGGUGCGAUUGCUACCUAUAGGCACGCUUUGGAGCAUUUGCUGGAAGCCGAUUGCCGAGUGAUUCCUGAUAAGGCCACAAUUUACGCUCAAGUGGUGGAAUGUCCACUGGCAAUAAGCUGGCAGGUGCCAAAAAUUUUGAGCAACUCUGAUGGAGACGUGCUGCUAAGGACACCGGAGGAAAUAAUUGACUGUCGAGGAUCGUCAGCUGUUUUCGAUGUUCAGCUCAGUCAACUGCCAAUGGAAAGCUUUAAUGCUCUGUCGGAACCGGUUCCAGUGUUCGAAUUUGACUGGUCCAGUAAGGAGGCUCUGGAAUUUAAGCGGCACUCUAGAAAAUUGGUAAGGGCUAUAAAUUCAGGCAUACCACAGGCAGUGUUUAUGUGGUGGGAUUUGAGAAUGGAUCUGGAAGGAACUGUGCAUUUAAGCUGUGCGCCAUUCUGGGCCCAUCUAGAUUUUUCCGAGUUGAAGCAGAAAAACCAGGGCACUAUCAUUCCGGAUCAAAAUUUAAUUCCUUGGCGGGAUCACUGGAUGCAAGCCAUCUAUUUCUUGCCUCACACGAAAGAUCCUCUGAUGAAGGGUCAGGAAAUAGCUCUGGAUGCUUAUCACGAUGAAUUCUCGUUGUGGUUUGGUUUAGGAAAUUCCAGCUUGGAAGCAGCUCACUGUUCAUGCGGUUUGCAUAUCGCGUAUUCACGCUCACGGAUAGGACAGAUCAACGAUGGUCCUCGCAAUAAGCGAAUAUUGAAUUAUUUAGAACAAAUUCUGGAUAAAAACUCUGUUGUGCUGGUACUGGGAGAGGGAUCUUUGCUGGGACUGUCCUUAAGAGCAAUGGGAGCAAAGAAAAUUAUACUUCUGGAAAAGAGUAAACUUUCGCGGCAGUGUAUGGAAAGUUAUGUGGGAUUUAACAAACUGGAAAGCGUUGAAAUCCUUUCCAGUAUUGAUGAAUUGGAACCCGAGACAGCCUCCCAAAUAACUCACGUGUUCGGAGAACCAUACUUCAAUUCCGCCAUUCUACCAUGGGAAAAUGCUAUUAAGUUUGGAUCGGACUGGGAACAGGUGAAGGUGCUACUCAAACAGAAGGUGGUAGUUGUUCCCAAUAGUUUUAGCAUCUAUGCCGUUCCGGUUGAAUUUUUAGAUCUACAGAAAAUUAACGCACCUCUGGGUACUUGCGAAGGAUUCGAUCUCGACAUGAUGGAUAAAAUGAUUGAAGAACAUUCGAACGUGGCAGAUUCCCCUGUGGAGGCUCAACCGCUCUGGGAAUACCCCUGCUUUGCUUUAGGAUCUCAGUGUAAAAUGAUCACCAUCAACCUAGCUGACGGAAGCUUACAGUCUGAGCUAGCUCAAGGAGAAAUGGUACUUUCAUUGGAUCAUGUGAUCAAAGAAUGUAACGGAAUUGCUCUGUGGGCCGAUUGGCAUAUGGACGGGAGCGGUAGACCGAAGAGUAUAAUUUCUACGGGACCGGUUGUUCCAAUUGAUGAAGUUCCCUCGGCAGAUCUGGCCAGUCCUGUGAGGUGGAACGUAAACUGGAGACAAGGUGUUCAUUUGCUGCGAAAGCAAGGCACCGCCAAGAAGACAAUUUCUUGGCGAGUUAAAUUCAAUGGUCAGCUCAAGUCGUGUUACUUUCAAUUUGGUUACUAGUGUUGAUUUUGUUAAGUGAAUAAAAGUUGCAUGA